AUGAAUAGAGCCACUGUAGAAUGUUUCAAAUGUCAUCAGUUGGGACACUUUCAAUAUGAGUAUCCUGAUUGGGAGAAACGAGCUAACUGUGCUGAACAUGUAGAGGAAGGAGAAGAGGUUCUGCUAAUGUCUUAUGUUGAUGCUGGUCAAACUAAAAUAGAAGAAGCUUGGUUUCUUGACCCGGGGUGUUCAAAUCACAUGACCGAAAACAAAGAAUGGUUCUCAGAGCUAGAGGAAGGAUUUAAACAAACAGUGAAGCUUGGGAAUGACACUAGAAUGGUAGUGGUAGCUAAAGGGAGUGUACGACUUCAAGUAAAUGGUAUUAUUCAAGUAAUAUCAAAUGUUUUUUACAUACCUGAGUUGAAAAGUAAUUUGUUAAGCAUAGAGAAACUUCAAGAGAAAUGUUUAGCUAUUCUAAUUCAGCAAGGGACUUGUGCAGUUUAUCAUCCAAAAAUAGGGUUAAUUAUGCAAACUAACAUGAGUGGAAAUAGAAUGUUUUAUGUGUUAGCAUCUAUGGCAGCAGAAGGAAACUCGAUGUGUCUUCAGGCUGAACUUUCCUCCGAUAAAGAAUCACACUUGUGGCAUCGUUGA